AUGAAUAUUGGAACUUUAAAUAUUAGAGGGGGUGGAAAUGCUCUUAAGAGGAGAAGAAUUAGUGCUUUGGUGAUUAAGAGCAAAGCGGAUAUUUUUUUCAUUCAAGAGACAAAAUUAUCUAGCAUGCAUGAUUUUGUGGCGAAGAGCUUUUGGAAUGCUAAAGAUAUAGGUUUUUCGUUUUCUAAUUCUUCGGGUAGAUCGGGAGGGCUUUUAACCUUGUGGAGGGGGGAUGCGGUGGAUGUUGUUUUGAGUUUUAAAGGGGAGGGAUAUCUUGGCGUGAAGGUGUCCAAGAACAAUAAUUUCUUUUAUUUGAUUAAUGUGUAUUCUCCUUGUGACCUUGUCAAAAAGCGUAUUUUGUGGCGUAAGUUGUUGGAGUUGAAAGAUGUUUUUAACGAUGGUGAGUGGAUUAUAGGAGGCGACUUCAAUGCUAUUAAAGUAAGGGAGGAGAGGAAAGGAAGAGGUGUCGUUUCUAAUGUUCAUGAGGUUAUUGAAUUUGCGGAAUUUAUUGAGAAAAGUAGGUUGGUGGAUGUUCCUUGCAAAGGAAAAAAAUUCACUUGGUAUAGCGGAGAUGGUAAAUCGAUGAGUAGGAUCGAUAGAAUCCUUGUUUCGGAGAAGGUGUUGAAUGAUUAG